AUGAUAAGAUUAAAUGAUGGAGUUACAUUGUUUUAUGUGGAAUACUUUGUUCUUAACAUUUGUAAAGUAUUUGUUAAAUUUUUUGAGAUUUAUUGUUUAUCGAAGUCCAACUACUUAGUGUGUGGUUUUUUAAUUUUUUAUUUUAAAUUUGAUAUAUAUGAUGUCAUUCUGCUGUCUGAAAUGAUUCAUUUAUUCGAAAAAGCAGAUUAUGGUAUGCAGUAUAGAGCUCUAAGUCAUACCGGUGCAGUCUUAGGGUCAAUGUCAGAGACAGGUAUACCAAGUUAUGAACCAGUUCUGAGUAAGGAUGAUAAAAUUGGCACAAAUAGAGAUGAAUGA